AUGGCUGCUUUUACUUAUGAUAAAGAAACAAAAAUAAUAACUUCCAAACCCGAUGAUUACGUUGUCCCAGAAGAUGGAAUCGGCCCAAGUUUAUACGAGGCUUUACAAAAGUUUCGUGGAAAAAAUAUCCAGAUUGAAGCUGCGACUGGAAGAGAAGACAGUUAUGAUGAUUUCAUUUUAAGAUCGGUGCGAACGGCGUUGCAUCUGAAGAAGAUGGGUUUGAAUUCGAAAACCGAUAUAAUCAGCAUCUGUUCGCACAAUCAUCUCAACACGAUGAUACCAUUGAUGGCUGGGAUGCUGCAGGGUAUAAUCGUGGCUCCUUUGGAUCCGACCAUGUCUUUGGCGGAUUUAAAGCAUCUAGUGGAAAUGGUCGAACCGAAGGUUAUUUUUGUAAACGAGGAUGUGGAGGAACUGAUGGAGAAGGCUUCUGCGAAAGUCGGCUCGAAAAUCGUGGUGUUUGGUGAAAGCGAGAGGAACGAAAGAUUCGAUGAGUUUAUACAACCAAACGUACUUGAAAAGGAUUUCGCACCAUUUAAGGUGGAUGAUAUCAACGAAACGGCGUUAAUUUUGUUUAGCAGCGGAACCACAGGUCUUCCAAAAGGCAUCUGCUUGAGCCAUAAAUAUAUUUUGUAUCAAGCGAAGAAUUUUAAAAAUAUUCCUGUAACUAUGAGCUUCUCAUCGCUGUAUUGGGGCUCAACUGUGGUCACUGGUAUAGGCUUCGCCAUGACCGGAAGUUGUAAAGUCCUCACAGUAGGCUUUGACCCACAAGCGGCUUGGAUUUAUUUAAACAAAUAUAAAGUGAAUUUCUUGUAUUGCACUUCGACUGAAGCCAUAGGGCUCUACUACAGCAAACCCGAGGAUUUGGUGCCAUCAAUCAACGUUCUUAUGCUUGGUGGAACCUGCAUUACCACCGAUUAUUUAAAUAAAAUAAGAAACUCGAUGCCUAAAACUAAAGUGUUUUUCAGCUACGGACAGACCGAAGUCGGUGUGGUGUGUAACUUUGCAGAUCCCAUUAGUUUCGGUAAACCGCAAUCAGUUGGAACUCCUCUUCCAGGAUACAUUUACAAAGUAGUUAAUCCUGAUACUGGUGAACAUAUGGGCUUCAAUGAAGAGGGAGAAUUGCACGUGAAGAACAAGGCCUUGAUGAGCGGCUACUAUAAACUCGACUCGAAAGAUUCAUGGGAUUCAGAAGGUUUCAUCAAAACAGGAGAUAUAGUUUUCUUCGAUGAAGACUUCUGCUUCUUCGUGGUGGAUCGCAUCAAGGAGGUGUUCAAGUUUCGCGGUUUUCACAUCGUUCCAGCUAAAUUGGAAAGAAUCCUGCACGAUCAUCCUGACGUGCAGCUGGCGGUGAUCGUCGGUAUUCCAGACGACAUCGAUGGACACCAUCCUUUAGCUGUGGUGAUCCCCGUGGCUGGAAGUGAGAUAAAGCCUGAAGACAUCGCUAAAUACGUUAACGAGCAAGUGGAUGAUAGGCAUCAGUUGAGAGCGGGAGUCAAGUUCGUGGAUUCGAUGCCUAUGACGCCAUCCGGGAAGAUUCUGAGGAGAUCUUUGCGAGAUAUGUACUUGAAUGGGAAUUUAUAA